ACAGUUGGAGGGAAACUGUGGAGUUCUAGAUUAACAGCAGGUCACUUCCUUUGUGACGUCACUGGCUUUAGUAGCCACUUUUCAGAGGCCAGUGGAAGAUCUUGAUGGAAUGUUGAAGAUAAGGGAGCAAGGGUGAUUGGCUAUACAAAUGGAGGGGGCUCAUGACCUCCCAAGAGCAAUAAAUUUCCCUUUCCUCCACCCCUGCUUCCAUCUUCAAGGUCGGAGAAACCAGGAAGAGAAAUCCUCCCAUAGACUAAUAAAGGGCUGGUUUGGCCGAACCAUGUCUUCUGUUUCACAGAGUGAGGAGAAACCCAACCUUGGCAAAAUGGUCUCAGACUCAGCAAACCAGAACACUAUGCCCAUGGAUCUCCUGUAUGUAGUAGAAAGAAUGAACAAGAGCUCAAAAGAGAGUUGCUUACACUUUAGGGAUUCUAUCUUGAUGGAGUAUGCCUUUGGUGGAGUACCCGUUGUGUUUGCCCUAAACGUCGUCUUCUGGUUGAUUGCUAUUUUUAUCUACGCCUUCCUCCGAAAAGCCGCCUGGGACUAUGGACGCCUAGGUCUGCUGGCAGAUCAUAAUAGGACUAGCCUAAUCUCAAUGUUCUUUGGAGAGCAAACUGAAAAGAUUUCCCCAUUGGAGGCUACUCUGGAAGAACAAGGAAGAGAUACAGGCUACUUUUCCUGGUUCUUUAAUACCGUACUCAUGAAGAAAGAGAAGCUGGUUAGGAAGUGUGGAGAUGAUGCAAAAAUCUACCUCGAUUUCCAGAUACACCUCAUUUUUCUAUUCACCUUUCUUUGUGUGCCCUCCUUGGGUGUCAUCCUGCCAAUCAAUUACUCUGGAGAGAUUCUGGACCCAGACACUAACUUUGGCAGUUUCACCAUUGUCAAUGUCUCCAAAAAUUACAAUAUCCUGUGGGUACAUAGUCUAUUCUCCUUUUUCUACUUCCUCAUCACCUUCGCCUUCAUGACCCACCAUAGUCAACAAAUUAAACCCAAGGAGUCAAUGAUGACGAAAACCCUGAUGAUCACUUAUAUCCCCAAGGAAAUUUCAGACCCUGAAAUCAUCAUGAAACAUUUUCAUGAGGCCUAUCCCACGUGCAAAGUGGUUGGAGUCUACUUCUGUUAUGAUCUCCAAAAAUUGAUAGAAUUGGAUAACCAAAGACAAUAUGCAAUGAAAGGUCGUCUCUUUUAUAACUUAUAUCAUCAGACAAAAGGGAAAAAGAUGAUCCGAGUGCACCCUUGUUCCUGUAUCUGCUUCUGCCAUUUCUGCAAAUGCUUCAAGGAGGUGGAUGCUGAGCAAUAUUACAGUGAAUUGGAGGAGAGGCUGACUGAUGAAUUCAAUGCUGAACGGAGCCAAGUCUAUCAGAAGCGUUUGGAUGUGGCUUUUGUCACCUUUCAGAGUGAAAAGUCGACAUCUGUUGUCCUAAAAGAUUACAAGUGGAGUUACUGUGGCAAAAGUCCACAACAAUCCUCGGUGACAUCAGAGAUCCAGUCUCACAGAUGGAAGGUCUACUACGCCUCUCAUCCUAAGGACAUUAUUUGGGAGCACCUACGCAUCCGUGGAUUUUAUUGGUGGGCACGUUUCUUAUUCAUCAACUCUUGCCUCUUUUUCCUGAUCUUCUUCCUAACCACGCCGAGCAACAUCAUGACCACCAUCAUCACGCUCAAUGUCACCCGACCCAUCCGGAAUGUCAAGAAUCCCAUUAUAAACCAGUUCUUCUCCUGUGUGCUAUUAUGGGCUUGCACUGUGAUUCUUCCCUUUAUUGUCUACUACUCUUCCUUUUUGGAGAAACAUUGGACCAGGUCAACUCAAAAUCUGUUCACAGUAUUUAAGUGUUACUUCCUUCUAAUAUUCAUGGUGAUCAUCUUGCCCUCAUUGGGACUGACCAGUUUGAAUGUUUUCUUCAGAUGGCUCUUCGACAGCGCCUUUUUAGAUAAGGCAUAUGUGAAGUUCCGGUGUGUGUUCCUUCCUGAUAAUGGGGCCUUCUUUGUUAACUAUGUAAUCACCACCAGUCUGAUUGGCAUGGGCUGUGAACUGCUACGUGUGGAGUCACUUUUGUUCUAUGCAAUACGUCUCUUCUUCUCCCAAUCUGAAGCUGAACGAAUAAACAUCAGGCAGGAUCAAACUAUAGCUUUUGAGUAUGGACGGGAGUAUUCUUGGAUUUGUUGUGUCAUCGGCGUUGUGAUGUCAUAUAGUAUCACCUGCCCCAUCAUCGUCCCUUUUGGGCUGCUUUAUGUCUGUAUGAAGCACAUUACUGAUAAGUACAACUUGUAUUAUGCCUACGCCCCCACCAAACUCAAAGAAGACUUCCACUUGGUGGGUGUUUACCAGGUGAUGGUGGCACCCAUCCUUGCUAUAUUAUGGCUACUCUUCUUCACCAUGGCCCAUCUAGGUUUUCAUCCCAUCACUCUUUUUACCCUUACAAUCCUCUUCAUUUCCAUCAUGAUUUCCUUCGCUAACGUUUGCUUUGGGAAGUUUUGGAGGAAAGAGCCUAUCUAUAAGGAGGGAGAAGAAUUUGCUGAAGAAAAUUUACAAAGACUUUUUUCUAGACCUUUCUUCAUGGCCAAUAAAAGAGUUCCAUACAUUUUGAAGAGAAGAGGACAGAAAACUUUCAUCGAAUGAGAUCAGGUUCUGGAGAGACAGAGACCAGAGCAGAAGGGAGAGUCAAAGUCUUAACAGAAGGGUAAGAUAAGUCUAUGACUCCAACAGUGGUCAAUUGGAUUCAGUAUUCAUAGUCCUUAAGAGAGCAACCUAUAUAACAGAUGGGAGAGAACAUGUUGGUGAAAUAAUAAUAUAAUAACAACAAUAACAAUAAUAGCUAACAUUUCUAUAGCACUUACUAUGUACCAGGCACUGUACUAAGCACUUUACAAUAAUUAUCUAAUUUGAUCUCCACAAUAAUCCUGGGAGGUAGGUGCAAUCAUUAUCCCCAUUUUAAAGAAGAGGAGACUGAAGCAAACAGAGGUUAAGUGACUUGUCCAGGAUACACAGCUAGUCAGUAAGUGUCUGAGGCUGGAUUUGAAAAUGGGCUCCAAGCUGCUAGGCUCAGAGAGAAGUAAUCCUGAGUAAGUAUUAAUAAAGGGUUAAUCACAUGUGUGGGGAGGCAAAAAGAGAAGAAGCAAGAGAAAAGAAGGCUAACUGAGGCUAGGGACCAGACCUCUGAUUUAAUUGGCAUAGAAAUGUUCCUGACAUGGACAUCUACCUAGUUCAGGAGUUAGUACUUUUCCCUACAAUUUAUCAUCUUUAAAAACAAAAACAAAAAGAAACCCUUUCCUUCUGUCUUAGAAUCAAUACUGUGUAUUAGUUCCAAGGCAGAAAAACAAUAAGGGCUAGAAAAUGGGGGUGAUCUGCCCAGGACUGCAUAGCUAGACGUGUCUGAGGCCAGAAUUGAACUCAGGACUUUCUGUCUCUAGGCCUGACUUUAAUCCACUGAGGCACCUAAGUGGCUCCUCAGGUUCCCACCAAAACAACACAGAGAACUCAUGGAGUUUAUCCCUCUUUCAGCAUCUAAGAUGAUAAAUUGCAGAGAAAGUGCCAUCCAGCAUUGAUAGUGAGUUCUUAGCCAAGAAUUCCUCAUGCCAGUGAAAUCUUAUAAGUAGACCAGCAUUCAUGAUCAAUCAGCACCACUUUUUAGAAACCCUUACCUUCGGUUGUAGUGUCAAUUCUAAGACAGAAGAGCAGCAAGGGCUAAGCAAUUGGGGUUAAAUGACUUCCCCAGGGUCACCAUUAGGAAGUACCUGAAGCCUGAUUUGAACCCAGGUCCUCCUGACUCCAGUUCUAGAAUUCUAGCUGCUGUGCUACCUAGAAUGCCCCUUAGGACAGUAAGGGCACCUUUGGCAUAGGGCCCUUAAGUGACCUGCCUCGGGGUGAGGGGAACACAGCCAGCAUACCUUAAAGAUAGGACUUGACCACAGGCAGUCCUGACUUCAAUGCCAUCACUCAAUCCACUAACUAUGCUACCUCUCAGAAGCUAACAGAAGGGCAGCUAGGUAACACAGUGGAUAGAAUGGCAGGACUGGAGUCAACAUGACCUGGAUUCAAAUCUGACUUCAGAGAUUCCUUAGCUGGAUGACUCUGGGUAAGUCACUUUAACUCAACUGCUUAGCCCUUGCUAUUCUUCUGUCUUAGAAUUGAUACUGACAGAAGGUGAGGAUUAUUUGGGGGGAAAAAAAGAAGAAAACUAACAGAGAUGAAAGAAGUCCCUGAGUGCCAGGAAUUCAUAGUUUAAUAGGAAUCACAAUGGGGAUGGAGACCAGAAGUUACCUUUAAGGUGCUAGUAACAACCCUACUGGCCACUCCCUUGGGGUCCCACUCCUCCUCUUUUUUCCAGUAAGAAGAGCCAUAACCUAAGACCUCUGAGUAGGAGUGAUAUAUAUAUAGGGCUUAGCUUUGUGGGUAGUGGUUGGGGAGAAGAAUCAAGGCUUAUGAGACUUAGGGGGUGGCAUUAAUCCCUAUAUACUGGGGCAUGAAGCAAGAUAGUUUAGGACACUGGAAAUUAGCUGUGAAAUAUGCCCAGAUAUGACUUCCUAUUCUCUCUCCUUUCUCUUCUCUGGGUGGGCCCAGUUGUAUGUGGCCCCAGUACUCCAGGAAAUGGAGAUGAGCCUGACUCCAGCCACCUCUCCAGGUCGUCAAUCCUAUGGUACCAUGAGCAGCCAGCUUGAUGCCUUGGAUGUGGAGGAGGAAAGUGGGCCACAGAGUUUCUCAUCAGAAGUGGGGACUGCCCAGGGCGAGUUCCAGGAGGGACUAUUAAUGGAAGGCAAGGACUGUAACAACUAAUAAGGAUCACCCAUAACCACUACCAAAGGUGCUCCCAACAACAGGUGGAAUUCCAGCAUCAAGAGAAGAACAAUGCAGGGAGCAGAAGGAGGGUAGAUCCAACCACUCCCUUCCUUUCAGUCCACAUGCCCAUUCCCCCAGAUUCUUUAAGGCUAUCAGUUUUAAAACUGCCUCCAUCCCUGGGCUUUGGCAAGUUGAAAGUUUCUGGUCAUGCUGACUGGCAAGAAAGUGAAUCCAGUGGAAGAUACAGUCUGGACCCCUGGACUGAAAGUACUGUCCCCUCCAUAUCUCAGAAGAGGCAGCCAGUGCCUGAGAUCUAGAAAUUGAUAUUUGUACCACCUCAAAAGCAAAUGAGAAAAAGUAAGCGCAGCAGAGAGGGUUCCAAAAGGGUGCAGAAGCCUCCUUUGCCCUGUUCUAUUAUUCAGCAGCCUCUGAAAGCCCUUCUCCAAUUCAUUUGCCUUUUGGAAGAUCUGCCACUCAAACCCUUCUUUCACCACUCCUACUUCCCUUGGAGACCCAAAGAGAUAUCUAUUGGUUUUGUUUUGUUUUUGUUUUGUUUUGUUUUGUGGCUGGCAGAGUCAUCAAGGAGCAGGGGAAUAGGCUAAGGUGACCAACCCUAAGAAAGGGGAUUUCUUGAUCCCCAACUAUGGUUGAAAGAAGAUGCCUCUCCAAAUACCUGGGCUUGGAGGUUCCCCCAAUAAGGAUUCAUGAAGAAAAAUAUUCUCCCUAAAGAGGAAAGAUUCCUAUGGCCCCUGAGGCCCCACUCUAGUCAGAAACAAUAUGUAGUGUGAAUGUCAAAGCCAAGUAUGACAUUGAUGGAAUUCUCAACCUGUAUUGCCUCCACUCCUCUUCUUCCUCUCUUCUGCCAUAUGCUAGGUUGCUCUGGUGGAAAAAGGUAGAGGAGGAAGAUAUGUAAGAUGAGAGAACCUUGGCACUAUGCUCAAUGGUCUGCCCAAGCAAGGGCAAGAGUCAAAAGGAGUAUAAUCCUCAAGAAGAGGUUAGAGUCUUCCACACAUAAGCAGAUGUUGGAGGGUAAGGCAGGAGUAAAGGAGGAAUAGGCAUUCACCCAAAAGGAUUAAGGGAUGUAAAACCUUGGCCAUCUCAUCCCAUGCUCGCCCAAGGACUGAUCACUUUGGUCAGUUCCAACAGAAGAGGCCUCUAGAGUAUUCGGGGCAGCCAUAUGAAACAUUUCCUGCCGGCUGCCACAUGAGGGUCUCUGUUCUGGGACAGGACCAAAGUGACUAGCAGCUAGCUGAUGGUAAAAAGUCCUCUGCCCAGACCCCAGGAUGGUGGCCAGUCCUCACCUGCAAAUAGGAUAUCAUGCUUUUGUACGUUCAAUCAUCUCUCCAAGCUUCCCUUUGCUGGCCACUGACUUAUCUGGGAGUGGGACUCAGGUGAGUUAUUUCUAGACUGGGUGGUGGGAAGCAGUUUCCUAUUUGUGGAGUUCUGCCUUCACCCCCACAUUGACCCACAGUCCAGAUGCUGCUGCUAACUGCUGUUUUUUUCAGCCUCCCUUAAUCCCCAGCAUGAUGGGUAGGAAGCUAUCAUCCCAUUGGAACAAUGGGCAUGUAUUUUCUCCUUUAAGUUGCACUGUACCCAUCCAGGCUUCUUCUAUGACUAAGGCUAUUCUCCUCUUGGGACUGGAUCCAUCCAUAAUCUGAAGGACUGGGCAAGAGGAAGACUGUACCAAAUGUGUAUUAAGAACAUCACUUCUGCUGUCUCUUUCAACUCUUAACACCAAGCAGAUAGCCCUGUCAGAACUUGGGAAUAAGCCAAGGAGAGUCAACCUGUCCAUUUCUGAGCUCUGGUAUAAUGCUCCCCUAUGGGAAAAGAAGAAAAGUGGGAAUGGGAUACUCUCUUUGGAAACCUGAAUUAGCUUUCAUGACACAGUUUUAUCACCAGUUUUUCAGGAUUUUGAAAUCCUCAGAACUAAGAGAGGUGCUAUAAGAAGGAGACAUACAAGUUUCCAUGUAUACACAUGCAUUAUGCAUUCAUGCACCCAUCUUGUUCUGAUUGAAGCUAUAAUUCUGGUGAUGAAAAAUACCUGUUUACCCAGAGUGCUUUGCCUAUUCUUUGGGUUGACCAGAUGGCUCUGGAAAUUGUGGUGAGAUUGAGAAAGAGAGGGCCCUUAUCCUGAAGUGGAACUGUGAUGUUUGAAAGAAAUAGGGCCAGGAAAAGGGAGCAACCUGUGGGAGAGGAGAUGAUUAUAACUCACUCAAACCUUAGCAGUAAAAACGAAGAGAUUUUCCCCCCUCUUAUAAACCAGCUAAUUGCAGGGGAGAUGCUUUCCAUUGCAGAGCAGCCUGGAGGACCCAUGCCAAAUGCUUUCUGGCCUCUUAGGAAAAAAUCUGUCUACAAGUUCAAACCAUAGAGUUUGGGAGCCUCCAGAUAGGUUGGAUCAGCCACACGCCCAGAAGGUAGCCAGGAAUGUUCAUUUCUUAGGCACAUUCUUGUUAGCUGCUCGCUGUCUUGGUUUCAUUCAACUUGCGUUACUUCAUGCACCUUCAUCCAUCUCAGGACCCACUUUUCUUGAGAGGGAUGGGGGAAUCCAGUUUUACUUCUUAUUUAACACAAGUGGAAUUGGUUCCAAUUCAAACUGGUAAAUGAACAGGGCUACCAGGCACAAACACUCUGGGCUGGGAUUCAGUCGAUUCAAUCCCACCUUAACCAACGUCUGGAGAACAGAUCUGAUAAAGUCUAAUUCAUUGGGGGGAAAUAGUGUGGAAGUCUGGGGAUUCAAGUUCAAUUUGUCUCCACUCUUCCUUGUAAUAUAUAUAUAUAUAUAUAUAUAUAUAUAUAUAUAUAUAUAUAUAUAUAUAUAUAUAUAUCUCCAAGCAUUCAUUCCUUCCCUUCAAAAUCAUUCUGCAUAUGCUGGCACAAACUCAAGUCAUCAUCCUUCCUUUGCCCUCUACCCCCACAUUAACCCUAGGCACACCUCAUUUGUUCCUACCCACUAAGUUCUUACCCACUGGUACUAUCCAGGCCCCUAAUUUUUCCUUCUAUCCACACUAUAUCCUGUCUUACAUCUUGGUUAUCCAUUUGUUUCUAUUCUGCAUAGGAUAACACAUCCUAACCACCCCAACCUUAUAGCCAUUCUACAUUCUAAACACCACCCCCCUUAUAUCUAUACUGCUUAUAUCUAUACUGUAUCUAUACCAUUCUUCACAAUCCCACCCUACAUUGAUUCAACAUUCUGACCACCCACACAUCCAACCUACACACACAUUUAAGCUCCUUGAGCUGUGAUGCCCCACUUUUAAUUCUCUGGGAGAAAUUGAGUAUUCCUCUCAUGCAAGAUGAUGGAAACCAUGUCUGGACUCUUGAACAGACUUCUUUGGAAGCCAUUUCAAUUUGGGCACCCUCUCACAAUCCCUUAUUUCUUUUCUAUGCCCUGGUGCAGCCCUCCUGGGUUCUUCUGGUCUGUCUUUCCACUGCCUCUGGAAGCAAAGGUCUAUUAGCAUUAUGUCCACUAGAGACUCUGAUGAAGUAUCUGACUUCCCUCCUGUCUGUCAUCACUCUAGGAAUGUGCCAGAGUGUUGUGACCUUCUUGAUAUCUAUUGCUAUUACUGUGUCUUGAAUAAAACAAACUCCACCCUG